AGCUGCCAUAUAGCUAGUAUUUCUCCAUGGAGUGAUUGACGGGGCAAAAUUCCUUGACAUCAUGCAAAAACUUCACCUAUAUAUAGCUAGUAAUUGGGGAGCAAAAGAUAUAUCAGUGUUAAUCAGAGUUGAGUUAUAGAUUUAGUUUAUAUUUUCAUAUAAUCCACAUGGAUCAUACAUUCUUAUCAUCAAGAGGCAACACAGCCAUGACUACUAUAUUGCUGCUUUUUGGGAUAUUAAUUUCUACCACAGUAGAAUUUACAGGUGCACAAUCCGUGGGUGUGUGCUAUGGAGCAAAUGGAGACAACCUCCCAAGUAGGCAAGAAGUGGUGGAUUUAUACAAAUCCAAGGGAAUUAGCAGAAUGCGCAUCUAUGAUCAAGAUGAAGAAGCACUUCAAGCUCUAAGAGGUUCAAACAUAGAGGUCAUCCUUGGUGUCCCAAAUGACAAACUCCAAUCUCUAACCGAUGCUGGAGCUGCCAAUGAUUGGGUCAACAAGUAUGUCAAAGCCUACUCUGAUGUCAAGAUCAAGUACAUUGCUGUCGGUAACGAAGUUCCCCCCGGUGAUGCUGCUGCCGGGUCAGUUCUCCCGGCUAUGAGAAACAUCCAGAAUGCAAUCUCUUCAGCCAAUUUACAAGGCCAGAUCAAGGUCUCCUUAGCCAUAAAAACCUCCUUGGUAGCCAACCCCUAUCCACCAGAAAACGGUGUUUUCAGCGACGAGGCAAGAUCAUACAUAACACCCAUAGUUGAUUUUCUCAAAAGCAAUGGAGCACCCCUUCUAGCCAAUGUCUACACAUACUUCGCCCAUGUGGAUGAUCCUCAACACAAUAGUCUCAACUACGCAUUGUUCACCCAACAAGAGAAAAACGAUGCUGGGUAUCAGAAUCUCUUUGAUGCAAUCUUGGAUGGUGUGUAUGCUGCUCUUGAGAAAGCAGGGGCACCUUACAUGAAGGUUGUGGUGUCUGAGAGUGGAUGGCCCUCUGCAGGUGGAGAUGCAGCCAAUGUUCAAAAUGCUGAAAGUUAUUACAAGAAUUUGAUCCAACAUGUUAAGGGCGGAACUCCAAAGAGGCCUAAUGGACCCAUUGAGACUUACCUUUUCGCGAUGUUUGAUGAGAACCGGAAGCCGGAUCCAGAAACUGAGCGGAACUUUGGUCUCUUUAGACCUGAUAAAUCAGCUAAGUACCAGAUCAGUUUCAAUUGAACUAGUGGUUGCUGAUUGAUAAUGAUCAUGGUUAAUAAACUGAAUUGGUGUCACUUAGAAUAAGGGUACCUAGUAGUAGUACCCAUGCUUUUAGUUUUGCUGCACCAAGAAUAAUAUAGUAUGAUGCUUCUGAUAAAUGCUUUUGUAUGGCUUUAUAUCAAUUAUUACUAUAAUACAAUUUAAACCCUUUUUACUUUA